AACAUGGUACAGUCCAGUGUCAUGGCUCCCUGAACGAAUGGAUGAGCAAGGGCUACUGCUUUGAGAUUAUGUUAUUAUUAUAGGUUUUUGAAAUAUUCCACGUUUGAUAGCGCACUAGUUUUCCUUUCUAGUAUUACUUUAUAUUUUAGAGAGGGAGUGAGAAUAGGUUGUCAACAUGGCAGGGAGUAGCAUGGCACAGAAAACAUGGGAGCUACAAAACAGUAUGCAGGAAGUUCAGAGCAUAGAUGAAAUAUAUAAAUAUGACAAAAAACAACAACAAGAAAUCCUUGCUGCGAAGCCAUGGACAAAGGAUCAUCAUUACUUCAAAUACUGCCAGAUAUCUGCUCUGGCGCUGCUGAAGAUGGUGAUGCACGCCAGGUCCGGGGGUAACUUUGAGGUGAUGGGGCUGAUGCUUGGGAAAGUGGACGGGGAGACCAUGAACAUCAUGGACAGCUUUGCCUUACCCGUGGAGGGCACAGAGACGCGGGUCAACGCCCAGGCUGCGGCUUAUGAAUACAUGGCUGCCUACAUUGAGAAUGCCAAACAGGUUGGUCGGCUGGAGAACGCUAUUGGCUGGUACCACAGUCACCCAGGUUACGGCUGCUGGUUGUCUGGUAUAGAUGUCAGCACUCAGAUGCUCAACCAGCAGUUUCAGGAGCCCUUCGUGGCGGUGGUGAUCGACCCCACUCGCACCAUAUCUGCAGGGAAAGUCAAUCUUGGCGCCUUCAGAACAUACCCCAAGGGUUACAAACCUCCUGAUGAGGGACCCUCUGAAUAUCAGACCAUUCCCCUGAACAAGAUCGAAGACUUCGGCGUGCACUGCAAACAGUAUUAUGCCUUGGAGGUGACUUAUUUCAAGUCUUCCCUUGAUCGAAAAUUACUGGAGCUCCUCUGGAAUAAAUACUGGGUCAACACUCUGAGCUCUUCAAGUCUUCUGACGAAUUCAGAGUACACCACGGGCCAGGUGUUUGACCUGUCUGAGAAACUGGAGCAGUCGGAGGCUCAGCUUGGAAGAGGAAGCUUCAUGCUUGGCCUGGACACACACGACAGGAAGUCCGAGGAUAAACUGGCCAAAGCAACACGAGACAGCUGCAAGACGACAAUUGAGGCGAUCCAUGGUCUGAUGUCUCAAGUCAUCAAGCAUAAGCUCUUCAAUCAAAUCAACACGUCUGCCAUCUAAGCCCGAAAGUCAAAGUGGAGUCACCCCUCGUGUGUGUAUUACUAUUUAGAUUCUGGUUAGCAGGAUGAUCUUUCAAUUAUUAUCUGAGGAAGGUUUAUUGGUUUUAUCUUCAGCUAUUCUUUAGUGUGAGUGAUUGAUCUCAACUUAUGUCCACAUAAGUGUAUGAAUAAAUAGUGUUGUUAAAAUGUA